AUGGCUGAACAUGAACAUGAAUUUGAAGGCGGUGAAGAAGAAUUAGAGGCUCCCAAGGAUUCUUUAUGGAGAGAUGAACAUGCUAUGGAGAAAUCUGCAAACAUAGUCUAUUUUCUAACUCUUGGAAUUGUUUCAGGGCUGAUUUUGCGAGAAAUCAAUAAAAAAACAAAGUAAAGUAAAAUUGUAUUGAGUAGAUUUCCUUAUUCCCCUAUGAUAUUAUCAUUAGGCAUAUUAAUAGGAUUGCUUUAGAAGAGUUUAGGUUAUAUAGGUGAGAGUGCAAGUAUUUUGUCAAAAAUGCAUCCUCAUUUGAUUGUUUUUGUUUUUGUUCCAGUUUUGCUUUUUGAGUCAGCAUUUAAUUGUGAUUGGUAUACUUUUAAGUAUCAGAUGGUGAAUAUUCUAUUGUUAGCAGGUCCAGGAUGUGGUUGGGUAUGAUUUAAUCUAAAAUUAGGGAGCAAUUCUUUUGGGAGCAAUAUUUAAAUUAGUUUUAUAAUAUGAUGAUAAUGAUAUGACAUGGUAUUAAGCGUUUACGCUUGGAUCAGUAUUGUCAGCAACAGAUCCAGUGGCUGUGGUAGCAUUACUUAAAGAAUUGGGUGCAAGUUUAGCAUUCAAUCACUUAAUUGAAGGGUAUUAAAUUACUAUAUUCAAGAGAAGCUUUGCUUAAUGAUGGUGUUGCAAUGGUGUUUUUCAUCUUCUUUAAUAAAUUUUCAAAAGCUCAAAGUGGAAAAGGAGAGGCUGUUACUGCAAGUUAAGUGGCCAUCAAUUUCAUAAGAAACUCUCUUGUAGGGCCAGUACUAGGUUUGGUCUUAGGUAUAUUGGCAGCAUUAUGGACAAAGAGAAUUUUGGGAGAUGAUAUCGAAGUUACUUGGUUAACCUUUGUUUUUACUUAUCUAACAUUUUAUUGGGCUGAAUUUUGCUUUUUUAAAACAAGUGGUUUGUUGGCAGUGGUAGGAUUAGGAUUGUUUUGGAGUGCAUUUGGUAAAACUAGGAUUAGAUCUUCUGUUGAGCAUUCAGUCCAUACUGUUUGGGGAUUCGUCUAAUACUCUUGUGAUACAUUAGUAUUUGUAUUGGUUGGAAUCAUUGUUGGAACAUAAGUGAUUGAAGAAACAUUUAUUCAUAAAUCUGAUUACAUUAGAAUGAUUGUGUUUUACUUUUUUAUGAUUUUGGCUAGAUUCAUUAUGAUUCUAACAUUUUGGCCAUUUUUAAGAUGUUUUGGUUAUCCAAUCUCUAAGCCAGAAUUCAUUGUUUUAGUUUAUGGUGGUUUAAGAGGUGCACUUGGUUUGACACUUUCACUUAUGGUUGGUUGUGAUGAAGAGUUACCUGCAAGGUUUAGACAUUUAUCAGUGUUUUAUGCUGCAGGAAUGGCUGCAAUAACUAACUUAGUUAACGGUACAACUUGCAAAGCUCUUGUAUAAUAUUUGGAAAUGAUUGAAAAUCCAGUAGUGAAAAAGAAAGUUUAUAAGAAAUAUUUAGAAGAACUGAUAGUGAAUUCUUAGGAUAAAAUGAGAGAAUUAGAAUCAGAUCAAUUUUAUAGUAUGGCUGAUUGGAAUUAAGUGAAUUAACUAAUUGGAUAACCUAAAUUUAUAGAGAAAAUUGAAAAAUUAGAGACAGAGAUUAAAUAUAUGGUUGGAAAUAAUAAAGUUGCAGCCAAUUCAUCAAAUUUAUAUGAAGGGUUGACUGAUUAGGAAAUCUUUGGAGAAGUAAGAUAUAGAAUCUAUAGAAUUCUAAAAGGAUUGUAUUAUGAUAAAUUUGAAUAUGGAUUAUGUGAAGAAGAUACUGUUAGAUUGCUCGUAGAAUCUAGUGAUAUUGGAUUGGAUCACACAAAGUCUAUCCUAAAUAUUUGGGAUUAAUUAUACAAGAAUUUCCUUAAUUUUAGCAGUGUCAAUUUCUUUUUUAAAGUUAAAGAAAUCCCUUUGGUAGGUUCAUUUGCUAAAGAGUACAUGAUUAAGCAUUUAGGUUUUGUCUAUGAUGUUACUACUACAUUUUUAUCAUGUGCAGGUGAAGUUUUGCACUUAACAGAGAGUUUUCCAAUGGGCAAGGAUGCUGUGAGACUUGUAAUGGAAGAAAUGACAAGAGAAAUUGAUAAGGCUGAAGGUUAUUUGGGUAUAUUGAAUGAUACAUUCCCAGAGAUUGUUAGAGCCAUUUAAACAAAGAGAGCAUCUCAUUCAAUUCUAACUCAUCAAAGACAUUAUCUUGAUGACACUCAAUAAAAUGGUCUUGUCGAUGAAAAGGAAUAUUAAUUGUUAAAGAAGGAAAUUAAUAAUAGAUUAGUUGAUUUAGAGAAUCAUUAAUUUGAAAUGGUUUUACCUUCAUUUCAUGUUUUAGCUAUGGAAUUCCCAAUAUUCUCAGGACUUGUAUCAACUGAUUUGGAUAACAUAAUCAAAAGUUCUUAUGAAAAACGAUUUGCAUGUGACGAAAUAAUAUAUGAGUAAGGAAUGACAUGUCAAAAUAUAUUCAUUAUCAGUAAAGGUAAUGUCGUUGAUGAAUUUGAGGGAGGCUCAAUUAAAAAAGGGCUUGGAUCUCUGAUUACUUACACUAAUUUAAUUGGGGAUGGUACUUGCAUGAGUACAGCUAAGGCUACUGCUGAUUCCUUGCUUUAUUCAUUAAAUUUAAAGAUUCUUAGAGAUCUCAUGCAAAAGAAUCCAGAAUUCGAAUUUAAAAUUUAUAUCAAUUCUAUAGGUAAUUCUUAUUUUUAUACUAGAAUACUUAAGAAAGAUGUUUGAAAGUUAAGCAGGUCCUUUGGUCAAUUUGGAAAUUAAAAGAUUAAUGGACUUUUUCAGAACAAAAAGCAAGUUAAAGAAAUUAACUUAGAAUCAAAAAUGUGAUUUUAUUUUUGGAGGUUACUUAUUCAGAGGAGAACUGAAAGAUAUAAAUAACAAAGUUUAUCCAUAAUAUUCGUAUGUUUAAUUGUAAAUUUUGUUAGGUAUAUUCCACCUUAAGAAACUGAAUGUCUUGCUACUAAAGAUGGGGUUUGCUUGAUUUUUGAUGAUCAAGUGGAUUCAUUAAAUACUUAAAUGCUGAAACAGUUAGAUUUAGAUCCUCAUAAGGAUUAAUAGAUUUAAGAGAGAUAUUCCUAAAUCAAGCGUACUUCUUUACAAGAGAAAAAAAAACAUCAUUGAAAUUGUUUCAUUGAUAUGUAUAAAUUACAG